AUGGGUCCACCGGAUGGACCUGGAAGCAUUUCACUCAAGCAGGAAGGCCUCGAUAAUGGGGAUGCCAUGAACCCAUAUGUGAACGAACCUGGCAAGAGCAAAAAGGGCGAGGGUGAAACAGACAGCGUAAAAGUAAAAGGGACCGUUAGGCCGGAUCGACCCCAGGUCUGA